CGCCUUUCUAAGACGCAUGUGACUAGCGUGUAUUACGGAAGUAAAUUUCAGGGUGUAGUUGCUGUAGAUCGAAUGAAUGUGAAGUAAAGAAGAGUAUUUGCUAUAGUACUAACAGUUACUCUGUGGAAUGGAAGAAAGAAAAACCAAGAGGAGAAGUCCCAAAACAUCGAGCACUCAUGUUACUCAGGUGGUCAACAAUAAGAAAAGUUCAGUGCCUCCUAGCAGAAGUACAGCAUUUUCAAACCCUGCACCACAGCCUCCUUUGCAAAAACCAAAGUUGAAAAGAGGUGUAAAAGAGAGAGCUAAGCCACUCGGAGCAGAAGGCAAAGGAGCACAGUCUGCUCCGAUCCAGCACUCAUUUCUAACAGAUGUAUCAGAUGUUCAAGAGAUGGAGAAAGGGCUUCUGAAUCUUCUGAAUGACUUCCACUCCGGCAAACUUCAAGCUUUUGGAAAUGAAUGUUCCAUUGAGCAAAUGGAGCACGUGCGAGGGAUGCAGGAGAAGCUGGCGCGUCUGAAUCUGGAGCUUUAUGGAGAGUUGGAAGAACUCCCUGAAGACAAGAGAAAAGUAGCUAGUGAUUCCAACCUGGACAGAUUGCUGUCAGAUCUGGAAGAACUGAAUUCUUCUAUACAAAAACUUCAUUUAGCAGAUGCUCAAGAUGUUCCAAAUACCAGCACAAACUAAAACUUGUUCAUGGGUAUCACCUUCAUUUACAGCGCGUUCUUUCUGCCUCGUGCAGCAAAUACAAGUGAAUCUGUCCAUACAUUCCUCUUGCCUGAAGUGAAUGCUUCAACUGUGCCAGGGUUGGAGUAUAGGGUACUAAAUGGCCAUGUUUUGCUGCUAUGCUUUGUAUUAUUGCCUUAUCCAACGUGGAAUGUUGGGAAAACUUGAAAGUGCAUUUAUGCUCAGUGUUCAAAUCAACUGGAAUUUCAGCUCAGUUUGAUGAAGUUAGUAAUAGAUAUAGCUGUCUGUUUUAUACAGUAUAGACAAUCAACAUACAGCUUGGUGUGGGUUUUUUCCUCUUUGGUCAAUGAUAUGGUCCGGUUAAUGAAUGUUUAAUUUAUUUUAUCAAUAAAGGAAUUUGUUUUAAA